UCUGUGAUGGCUCCAGCGCCGGGUCUGGGGGUGCUCUUGGGGCUCCUGGCGCUCCUGGGGGCCCCGGGGGGAGCGACGAGAGUUCUCCACUCCCUGCGUUAUCAGCACGUGGCGGUGUCAGAGCCUGGCCCGGAGCUCCCCCAGUUCAUGGUCAUUGGGUACCUGGAUGGGAUCCCCUUCGUGCGCUACGACAGCGAGCGGGGCCGGAUGGAGCCGCAGACACCAUGGAUGAAGGACGGACCCGAGCCGGGAUAUUGGGAUAGGGAGACUGAGAUCUCCAAGAGUCACCAGCAUGUGACUGCUGCUGAUCUGGAGACGCUGCGGGGCCAGUACAAUCAGAGCAGGGGUCUCCACACAGUGCACUGGGUUGAUGGCUGUGACCUCCUGUCUGACGGGAGUGUCCGUGGAUCCUAUCGGGAUGGCUACGACGGGUGGGAUUUCAUCUCCUUCGAUCCGGGAUCCAGGAGCUUCGUGGCGGCCGACAGCGCUGCCCAGGUCACCACGAGGCUCUGGAAUGGUGUCAAUAACUAUGUAGAGCAUUGGAUGGAUUACGUGGAGCACACCUGCAGAGAAGAUCUCCAGAAAUACGUCAGAUAUGGGCAGGAGGAGCUGGAGCGCAAAGGUGGGGGCAGAAUCCCUGUGGGAAUUGGGGAUUUGGGAAUGGAGGACUUGGGAACACAGUAAUUCCUGUGGGAAUUC